GAGCCCUGAAAGCCACUUCUGUUCCCCCUCAGCUGAGAGGGUGGGAAAGAGUUCCCAAAGUCAUAGCUCCUUUUAGGCAGAUUUAGAAGGCAUAUAAAGGGCCCUGGCUGAAGACCUCCUUCCUCAUUCUGCAAUUAGGGCCAGAACACUCCAUCCUCCACGGAGAGAAAAUGUCCAUCCAAGUCGAACAUCCUGCUGGUGGUUACAGGAAACUGUUUGAAACUGUGGAGGAACUGUCCUCGCCGCUCACAGCUCAUGUUACAGGCAGGAUCCCCCUCUGGCUGACCGGCAGUCUCCUUCGCUGUGGGCCAGGACUCUUUGAAGUUGGAUCUGAGCCCUUUUACCACCUGUUUGAUGGGCAAGCCCUCUUGCACAAGUUUGACUUUAAAGAAGGACAUGUCACGUACCACAGAAGGUUCAUCCGCACUGAUGCUUACGUACGGGCAAUGACUGAGAAAAGGAUCGUCAUAACAGAAUUUGGCACCUGUGCUUUCCCAGACCCCUGCAAGAAUAUAUUUUCCAGGUUUUUUUCUUACUUUCGAGGAGUAGAGGUAACUGACAAUGCUCUUGUUAAUAUCUAUCCAGUGGGGGAAGAUUACUAUGCCUGCACAGAGACCAACUUCAUUACAAAGAUUAAUCCCGAGACCUUGGAGACAAUUAAGCAGGUUGAUCUUUGCAACUAUGUCUCAGUCAAUGGAGCCACUGCUCAUCCCCACAUUGAAAAUGAUGGAACUGUUUACAACAUUGGUAAUUGCUUUGGGAAAAAUUUUUCAAUUGCCUACAAUAUUGUAAAGAUCCCUCCACUACAAGCAGACAAACAAGAUCCAAUAAGCAAGUCAGAGAUCGUUGUACAAUUCCCCUGCAGUGACCGAUUCAAGCCAUCUUACGUCCAUAGUUUUGGUUUGACACCCAACUAUAUUGUUUUUGUGGAGACACCAGUCAAAAUUAAUCUGUUCAAGUUCCUUUCUUCAUGGAGUCUCUGGGGAGCCAACUACAUGGAUUGUUUUGAGUCCAAUGAAACCAUGGGGGUUUGGCUUCAUAUUGCUGACAAAAAAAGGAAAAAGUAUCUCAAUAAUAAAUACAGGACUUCACCUUUUAACCUCUUCCAUCACAUCAAUACCUAUGAAGACAAUGAGUUUCUGAUUGUGGAUCUCUGUUGCUGGAAAGGAUUUGAAUUUGUUUAUAAUUAUUUAUAUUUAGCCAAUUUACGUGAGAACUGGGAAGAGGUGAAAAAAAAUGCCAGAAAGGCUCCCCAGCCUGAAGUGAGGAGAUAUGUACUUCCUUUGAACAUUGACAAGGCUGACACAGGCAAGAAUUUAGUCACACUCCCCAACACAACUGCCACUGCAAUUCUGUGCAGUGACGAGACCAUCUGGCUGGAACCUGAAGUUCUCUUUUCAGGGCCUCGUCAAGCAUUUGAGUUUCCUCAGAUCAAUUACCAGAAGUACGGUGGGAAACCUUAUACAUACGCAUAUGGACUUGGCUUGAAUCACUUUGUUCCAGACAGGCUCUGUAAGCUGAAUGUCAAAACUAAAGAAACCUGGGUGUGGCAAGAGCCUGAUUCAUACCCAUCCGAACCCAUCUUUGUUGCUCACCCAGAUGCCUUGGAAGAAGAUGAUGGUGUAGUUCUGAGUGUGGUGGUGAGUCCUGGAGCAGGACAAAAGCCUGCUUAUCUCCUGAUUCUGAAUGCUAAAGACUUGAGUGAAGUUGCCAGGGCCGAAGUGGAGAUUAACAUCCCUGUCACCUUUCACGGACUGUUCAAAAAAUCCUGAGCUCAUUCUAGUGUGAUGUUUCUGGUGACACAACCCAGAGAAUCAUAGUCAGGUCUGCAAUCAAAUUCUGUUUAAUUUUAGACUGCAGUAUGUAAGGAUUUUAACUUGCAGAUGCACACAGUUUUGCAGUGUUUUACAGAAAGCACAGAGUUGAGUAAGCAACUCCUUUUAAAAAAAAAAAAAGUAUAUGCUUAGAUAAUCAUACUUCCUCAGUGAGACAGGCAGAUCAUAACUAAAAGCUCUUUUUAUAUUUACAAUCAAAUAGAAAGUCAAUGUGGAUUUAUUAAACUGUUUUUUAUUCUUAUUAUAAAAAUGUAUUUUAGGUACCUCUCUGCUCCAAUUAU